AUGUAUGAGAAAUAUGAAAAUAUUCUUCUAAAUUGGUUAGAUGAAGACAUAAUAGAGGAAGUUCCUACCAACGAAAUGAACUCUUAUGGUAAUUAUUUACCUCACCGUGCAGUGAUAAAACUAAGCAGCAGCACUACUCCAAUUCGUCCGGUGUUUGACGCUUCAGCGAGAUUAGCAAAUUAUCCAUCUUUGAAUCAGUGCUUGGAAUGUGAUCCUAAUCUCAUUGAGCUUAUUCCAAAUAUUCUUCUUCGAUUCAGAGAGGGACAGCUUGGCGUUAUAGCUGACAUCAGGAAAGCUUUUCUGCAAAUUAGUAUUCGUAAAGAGGAUAGAGAUUUCCUUCGGUUUUUGUGGUGGGAAAAUAGAGAAGAAAAGAAAUUGAGAGUUUUUCGUCACACAAGAGUUGUUUUUGGGGUAAAAUGUAGCCCUUUUCUUUUAGCUUCAGUAAUUGAGUACCAUAUUCAAAAAUGUGAAGGAUUUGAAAAAUCUUUGAAGAAAAGACUUUUGGAGAUUUUCUACAUUGAUAAUGUCGUUACUAGUGUCGACAGUAAAGACCAAUUAGAUCGAUUCAUUGACAAUUCUAAAACCUUGAUGGCAAAAGGUGGUUUUGAUCUUAGAGAAUGGGAAUGGUCUGGCGACUGUGAAACUAAUUCAAAGGAAGAAACUCAGGUAUUAUUUGGAAUAAGAAAUUAG